GCAAUCCACCACAAUAGGCUCGGUUUAUCAUACGACACGAGGUCAAAGAUCACAAACUACUCCACGAUCUCUUUCCUCGUAAUGACGUAUUAACCGUGACACCCUCGAUACCCUGGAAUCUCGGCUGGAUUAUUCACAGUGUGUCAAUAUUGAACAGGAUACAAUGAACGUAAGUCCCCGAUGACAAAGAUAAUGGCCUGUAUCUCUCACGAUCGCGGCUGGCAUCCUGUCAGAUCUCGGAUUACCGAUUUCUAUACGCGGCCACACAUCCUGUACACGCGUGUACACACAUCAAACACACGCGAUUGUGUAACAACGCCGCGUUUACACCUAGAUUUACUUUGCGGCCUGCUCGUUAUCGUCCACGUAAUUGGCGGACACCUUACCCUUUUGUAAACGAGCUACGCCCGCAACUUUAUAAGUAACUGUCUCGUUUUUACGGCGAGUCUUCUUUCUUCACAACAAGUGCUCGAAAGAUCGAUCGCGUUCGAUUUGCAACCAUGCAAACGUUUUAUACGUGUUUUUGGUUUUCCUUGCUUUCCUACUCGAUGUGCAUCAAGUGUAGGAUGAUUGCUGCUGUCAACCUUGAAACGAGCGAGGAUUCAUUCUCGAAGGAAAAUUGGAAGAUUUGGAGACGAUCGUCGAAUUUUGAAGAUCGACAGAUCCAACGCGGCCUGGAAGAUUUUCGGAUAUCCAAUGAUUCCGAGGACUACGAGGAAAAUGUUUUUUUCUCCACGGAUAAGUGCUCUAGGUAUUGUAUCAAAAGGCAGAUCGAUAAAAAUGGAAACAGUGUACAAUAUAUUAAUCUAUUCUGGAUAAAUGGUAUCGACGCAAUGGAUCAAUCGCUCUCAAAAGAUCAUUCGGAGUUUCUGUCAAAAACAGAUGCACUAAAUCCAAACAUCAUCCAACAUAGAAAUUGUCAGAUUUACCUUGACCUAGAUUGUAACAUCACCGAAGCGAGAACUAAUUCGAAUUAUGCGAACAGGAAAUUUCACUUGGACGUGGAAAACGAUGAAAGGAACAAAGGCAAGAAAAUUACAGAUAUUAUAAAAAUAGCAGAAAAAUACAAUUUGACCGAACAGACGCAAAUGAACUUCUCGGUCGACAACACGAUUCAUAGAAUCGUCAUAGACAUCGAUGGAAACGUUUCAAACGCAUUGCUUCGAAUACCUACGAACGCAACAGUUUCGAGGCACGGAACGAUCAUAUCUUGGACGAGUAAGGGCGAUGCGGAAGGUGUGCGAAUUAAGACGUGGAAUCCGCCAUCUGGCGAGUGGCGAUUGAAGCUCGUAGGGGAGGAUGGUUCGAAAUAUCAAUUGACGGUGAUGGGUUUCGUCGAUGAGGAUUGCGACGAAAUAAAAAAUCUUUCUCUGGAAUCAGAGAUGAAAGAAAACAUCAAUGAAGAUAUGAUUAAAAAUUAUCGUAUAAAUAUUGAGAUGAAGGAUGAUAUCUUAGGAAAUGAUAAAGAGACAUUUAAUAAUGAAGCAACGAAAAUUAAUUCUGAAAAAAUUAUGGUGAAACAACAAAAUUCAAAUGUAUCGAUGAAUUCCAAAAUGAUGGAAAAUAAAAAAAUAACUCAAGAAAGAUCAUUGACAUAUCGUAUGCGAGAUCAAAAAGAAAACAAUCAUUCGAGAAAAGAAAAUUUUAGUGAUAGUGAUUUAUCGAUAAUCUCUAGCACUGAAAAUAUGCUUAUUAAUUUCGUUGAAUAUGUUACUUUCGUAGACGUUGACAAAAAUGUAAUUACUACAUCGAAUGAAAAAUUUUUGGAACCAAAGGAGGAACAGGAAAAUCUUCAUACAUCGACUGGAGUAAUUGAAAACCUCGACGUUAAGAGAAUUCCAAUACAGAAAAAUAUUAACAUAUCGAUGAGAAUGAUCGAAACUCUGAAUAAUAAAGAAAUGUCCGAAGAACUGGUAAACCAUGUCAGUAAAAACACCAUCGAGAAGAAAAAGAUGCUGAUUGAAGUUAACAGAAAUAGCAACUUGCUUGUUAUACCGGGAACUAUACACAGAAUAGUAUUCGAUGUGAUGAACAAAUGCGUUUUACCUGUUAGAUAUGCAUUCAGAGUAAAGAGCAGUCCUUUUAGAUUAUACAAUAUUCAACCAUCCUACGUAUGGAUUUAUCCUGGACAGAUGAGCAAUGUAGCGAUAGAUUUGAUUAUACCCGACAAUGUUGCACCAGAUACAGCUAAUACAGUCACCUUAUCUAUCUCGGGUACUGAAAUAAAGGAAAAAUCUGUAUAUUUAUAUGUACAAGGAUCACUUUCAAAGCUAACAGAUGAUAUAAAACCAAUUAUCGAAUAUUCUUUCAAUGAUAAUUGCGUUGGAAAAUUGGAAAAAGAUCGAUGCUAUAAAUCUUAUUGGAGCGUUGAUGUUACAAUUCAAGAUCAUGAUUCAGGUUUAAAAUGUGUAAUAUCAUCAUUAAAUGAUAUUUAUCCACGUACGGAUUUUAUUAGUGGUACAAGAAAUCCUAUAACAUUUUAUUAUUCUGCUACGUGUUGUGAUAAAACAGUCAAAAUUACAGCUAUAGAUUUACUAAAUAAUUAUAACACUAUAAUUAUAGAUGUUACAGCAUGGAACAACUUAUCAGAAGCAGAAAUUGCAGCUAUUACAACGGGAGCAUUAUUAGUUUUGUUACUUAUUGUUUUAAUUGUUAUUUUAAUCAUAUAUUGUGUUCGAAAAAGAAAAAGUCAUGAUUUGCCUUAUACACAACGAUAUGGAUCUAGGCCACCUACACAAUCAGAAAGAACUAAUUUUUAA